CAAUGAAUGGCCGCCGCGGCUGCUGCUGAGGGAGUGAGGCGCGGGCCGGCGGCCGGGCAGCAAGAGAGCCAGGCGCGGGAGCCCGAGCCCCGCCGCUGAGAACCCCCUCCCCGUACACGCACACAUCCUGUGGCCAGACAGCCCAGCCACCAUGGCUCAGACCCUGCAGAUGGAGAUCCCCAACUUUGGCAACAGCAUCCUCGAGUGCCUCAAUGAGCAACGGCUGCAGGGCCUUUACUGUGACGUGUCGGUGGUGGUGAAGGGCCAUGCCUUCAAGGCCCACCGUGCCGUGCUGGCUGCCAGCAGCUCCUACUUCCGGGACCUUUUCAACAACAGUAAGAGUGCCGUGGUAGAGCUGCCGGCCGCCGUGCAGCCCCAGUCCUUCCAGCAGAUCCUCAGUUUCUGUUACACGGGCCGGCUGAGCAUGAAUGUGGGGGACCAGUUUCUUCUCAUGUACACAGCCGGCUUCCUCCAGAUCCAGGAGAUCAUGGAGAAGGGGACCGAGUUCUUUCUCAAGGUGAGCUCGCCCAGCUGUGACUCGCAGGGGCUGCACGCCGAGGAGACGCCGUCAUCGGAGCCCCAGAGCCCGGUGGCUCAGACCUCCACCUGGCCUGCCUGCAAUACUCCCCUGCCCCUGGUGUCCCGGGUCAAGACGGAACAGCAGGAGUCGGACUCGGUCCAGUGCACGCCGGUGGCCAAGCGGCUGUGGGACAGUGGCCAGAAGGAGGGCGGCGGUGGCAACAGCAACGGCAGCCGCAAAAUAGCCAAGUUCUCCAGUCAGGACCUGGGAGGGAACCGGCAGCAGCAGCAGCAGCAGCAGCAGCAGCAGCAGCAGCAACCACAGCAACAGCAGCAGCAGCAGCCGCCACCCCCGCAGCAGCAGCAGCAGGGGGCGGCGGGAGGGGCAGGUGUGGUGAGCGGGCCCAGCACGUCAGACCGGACCAGCCCUGGGACAUCCAGCGCCUACACCAGUGACAGCCCCAGCUCCUACCACAACGAGGAAGACGAGGAGGAGGACGCAGGGGAGGAGGGCUCUGAUGAGCAGUACCGACAGAUAUGCAACAUGUACACCAUGUACAGCAUGAUGAAUGUAGGCCAGACAGCUGAGAAGGUGGAGGCCCUGCCGGAGCAAGUGGCCUCUGAGUCCCGCAACCGCAUCCGAGUGCGGCAGGACUUGGCCUCGCUGCCGGCCGAGCUCAUCAACCAGAUUGGCAACCGCUGCCACCCCAAGCUGUACGACGAGGGUGACCCCGCUGAGAAACUGGAGCUCGUGACAGGCACCAACGUGUACAUCACCCGGGCCCAGCUCAUGAAUUGUCACGUCAGUGCAGGCACACGGCAUAAAGUGUUACUCCGGCGGCUCCUUGCAUCCUUCUUCGAUCGGAACACCCUGGCCAACAGCUGUGGCACCGGCAUCCGCUCCUCCACCAAUGACCCCAGCCGGAAGCCCUUGGACAGCAGAGUACUCCAUGCUGUUAAGUUCUACUGCCAGAACUUUGCCCCAAACUUCAAGGAAAGUGAGAUGAAUGCCAUCGCGGCUGACAUGUGCACCAACGCCCGUCGGGUUGUGCGCAAGAGCUGGAUCCCCAAGUUGAAACUGAUGAUGGCCAAGGGCGACACGUAUACGACUUUCAUCAACGACACUGGCGAGAUGGAGCCGGAUAUCAUGGGCGUGGAGCACGGCUUCGAGACGGGCAGCCAUGACGGAGACGCCGGCACCUCUGCGGAAGGCCUCCAGUAAUCUCCUCCCCCACCCGGCCUGGCCCUGCUCCCCUACUCUUCCAUCUCACGCUACCCUUUGGCGAGUGUCACCCAUCUUUAACUUUCUUUUUAAUUUUUUUAGAGUCUUCCGUGCCCGCCUCUUCCUCCCCUCACCGAGUUCCCACACAGCAGCCCUGAGCCCUUCUUUUUUCUUCCAAACUCUCUUUCCCGGGGCGAAAGAGAGCUGAUAGGUCAGAAACUGAGGUUGGCACCUCGUUAGGUGAGUCGGGAGAGCACUUUCACUCUACGGGGCUCCCUGAUCCCCCGAUCUUCUCCCUCGACUCUGCCUCUGUUCCCUCUCAGCUUUCUCAGUCUGGAGCUGAAGGUGGCUGUGAGGGAGGGGGUGAAAAAAGCAAAAAGAGACUACGUCGGCAGGUUCGAAACUCUAAAGACACCCUUGCUCUUGUGCUUGAUCACGUGCUGUCUCUCUCUAUCUCUCUCUCUCUCUUUCUCUCUCUCAUGGAUGAGAGAGGACCCAGCUCUAUAGAUAUAGAAAUUAUAUUCACAUAAGAAAAGAACAGAACCAACUGACCUCCUGGGAAAAGGAGAGUGAGUGAGAGAUUGUCAUGGCUCUCUUUUUACAUUAUUUUUUGUAAAAUCCAUCCCAAGGCAAGGGUGGCUGUGGUGGAGCAUACCCUGGGAAGGAGCAGGGUCAGAGCUGUGCCCUGUGCCCUCAAAGCCCUUCCCAGAAACAGUUGCUCCCUUUCCACUCCACCCUGGAUCCAGGGGCUUCUUGCGGGAGUUGCUCAGUUCCUCUGUCCUCCCCGGUACCAUUACGUGGCCCUUCCCCCCGUGUCUUUUGCAUGAUGGAGCUUUUCAGUUUGGGUUCUUGCCUUUCCAUCCUCAGCCUUCUCUGAAGAAGCCCUGGGCUGGGAAGCGAGGAGGAAGCUAGGAUUGUGGGAAGGAAAGCAUUGCAUCCUUGUUUCUAGUUAGUGAGAUUCCUCGAUCAUGCUCGGUGCAAAGGUUCUUUUUCCUGUCGGCAGGAGCGCAACAGUGAGCUGGGACACAGACUGGGGAGAAGUGGAAAGGUGGGGUAGGGAGGAUGGGAAGAGACCUGGCUAAUGACUUGAAUGAAUUUUUAUCAAAACAGACAACCAAAAAACCAAAACACUAUUUGGGGGCAAAAAGGUGGGGGUCCACUUGGUACUCAUUGAUUGGUGGGUGCAGAUGGACAGUGUUGGAGGGCUGGAGAGCCUUCAUCCCCAUCUUCCCCUCCUGCAGCAGGGCUGGGAUCGGUCGGUCGGUCAGUCGGUCCCACCCCAUGUCCUCAACUCAUUCCCCACUCCCCCUGUGUGUACAUACUUUUUGGAAUGCCUUUUUUUUUUUUUUAAAGAAAGUGUAAUAUUGAAGUAUAUUCCUUUUAUUUUUCAAACAAAUCUUAAUGUAUUUUAAGGUCCCUGUCUCUCUGGUUCUCCCCCCUCACGAACACUAUCCCUCCAGUUUCUCCUAGGGCCCCCAGAUCUUGGGCAGGGUGAACGAGGAAGGAGAACAGUGGUCCAGGGGAGGAGGAGGAGGAGAAUUCAGGGUGGGGUGUCCUGGCCAGAUGUACAGAUGUUAUUCUCCCCGAGGAUAACAAUUAAGCCUGGCCUGGCUCUAGGGCCUGACUUGGAAUGUACAUUGUGCUGUUGGAAGUUUUAAUUUGCAUCUGUCCACGACUCGCGGGCUGUGGAGAUUUUAUUUUUUUAACAACUCGUUCCAUCUCAUUCCUUUAUUUCGAACAUCGCUGGUCGCUGAAGCUGUAAGACUGCUGUGUGUCUAGUUUAAUUCUUUGGUUGGGAUCAGGACAUAGCUCACUAGAAAGCCAAUCUGGAUGUGUCUAUGAUUUGAAGUUUGUUUUUUUAUGGGGGGGUGGGGAUCAGUUAUUUUUAAUCUUAUUUGUCGCCAGUUCCUUUUUACAAAUGAUCAAGUGGUUUUCUAUUUUAUGUGAACACAGAUUUGAGAGGGCAUCUCUUCACGAUUCCAUUUUUGUUUCCAUACUUCUCCCCCUCCCCAAAUUAAAACAUGCAUAAAAUCUAGACCCCAGAGGAUAUCUGUUCUUAAAAGGUCCCAAAAGGGAUUCUAUCAAGUUAGGGAAGGUUCCUCCUUGCCCCUUCCCUCAGAUUCUCCGGCCAUGGGGUGUAGUCAAAUGGACAGGAUUGCAUUCUUCCCAGCAUUGCCCUAGCGGCAGGGUCAUUUGGGGGAAGGGAUGGGAGCAUGGAAUCGGGGAAGACCCAUUUCCUCGGUCAUCACACGAGCUCCCUGUCGCUCCCUGUCGAAGGAAAGUCAACCCAGCCCCCCCACUGGAGGGCCUUAAGUUGCUUGCAGUCAUUCAGGGCUUGCCUACAGGAAGGCCUCUGGGGGUGGGUGGGAGGGCAAUUCAUGAGGCAGGGAUGGCAGCCCCAUUGGUGCCGUAGGGGGUCAGUCAGGCAGAGGGACCUAGGAGGCGCCGUACCUUUGCUGGAGGAAGAGAUUGGAAAGGCCUCGUAGCUGACUGACCAACUUUGGGUGGGGCAUGAGCUGCUGAUUGGGAGGCAGCAGUUGAGGGGAGCUCGGGGUGAGAGUGGGGAAUGGCUGUUGCUCCUCUGUCUAGAGCAGUGGUUCUCAGGUGCAUCCGUCAGAUAACGUGGUUUUGGCCUGCGACCAAGUAAUCUAGAUAAUAAAGUGUCUGACCAUUUUUUCACGUAGUUUAUUAGGUUCCUAUAUGCCCAGAUACCUUCACCUUCAAACCACUUGUCGUUCAAGGUGCAGCCACGUAAAGUGCUGUGGCCGCAGUAGCACAACCGGAAAAAUACUCUUUAGAGAACCACUGGUCUGUAGUCCAAAAAGGAGCUUGUAAAUGCAGAUUUUUGUAUGGUGACUUCAUUCCACCUUUAUUCCCUGCCCCAAAAGAUCAUUCCUAUCUCCACUGCCUUGCAGCAGGCGGCCUUACCCUACCCUAUCCCCAGACUCCCUCUCCCAUGGAGCCUGGCACCCUCUCCCCCAUCCUAUAAGCACAUUCCUGGCCCCGGCUCCAGCUUCUCAUUAGUGUGUUUUCCUGGAGUGUGGAAUGGGGUCACUGGCCCUAGAGGACCUGGGCCCUGGGCCUUGGACAGGGGGUGGAGGCGGCGGGGGCCCAGGCUGCUGAGGCCCCGCCCGACUGAGUUUGGUGGCCCUCUCUCUAGGCUAGAUUGCCAGGGACCUAUCGCCCGACUCCUCUCGGGCUCCCGGAGCUCCCAUCCUUUAGGCUGCAGGGGUUCUGGUCCCUGACUCACCAGGUGAGCCCCCACAUGUUUUGGCUUCCUCACGGUGAAAUGGGAAAUGUAACUGGGAUGGGAAGAUUGAAUGGGUCGGCUGAGAAUGGGCUCUGCGAGUUUUGACGUCUAGGACUGCCGAACAUGGGGUCCACCGGUGGGGUGGAGAGCGGGGAGAGCUUCCUUUGGGCCAGAUGCUAGUCAGAGACAGCUGUUGGCAAAACUUUCUUAGAGGCAGGACUCUGGUCUGGGUUCUGCGAGGGCCUAGGAGCGAGGGCCACACUCUCUUCUCCUCAGGCUCGGGGUUUCCAGUCUUCCCUGGGGUCAAGGGAGCCUGCCUUAGGUCCAGUCCUUCCCUUUCCUGCCACUUGUGCAUGUUGCCUACUGCCCUUGGUCUGAUGGGCACCUAGCAGGACUUGUCUCCUCACGACAGUGCUACAGCCCCACCUGCAGUGGAGGGUGUCUAGGAAGGAAGAGCAGGGUGGCCUGGGUGUGGGCAGCCCCAGACGGGGAGGGUAGGGGUCGUCCUGUGUGCUCUGGGGAGCCAUCUGAGGCGGGGGUUGGGGGUAGGGUGGGGCAGCAUUGUUGGCUUGCUGGACUGGAACCUCAUGAGGGAGGGCCAAGUCCUUGUACCACCUCUUGCCCAAUUCUCUCCACCGUGCUCUCCCCGCAGAGCCAACUGGAUCAGUCUUUGGCGCAGCUGGCACAUAACAGCCCCGUGCUUCCUGCACUUUGUUUGGGUUUCCAACAAUGCCUCCUCUCAACCAGGUAGUUACCCCUUCUGCCUGCCCUGUUCUCCCACCCUCCUUCAUGCCUUGCAGGGGAAUCUUUGCAUAGAAAGCAGUUUCCCAAGCCCCUCUGAGUCAAAGGGCCUCACCCAGGAAGGGAUUUAAACCUGAGGCUUUCCUCUCUCCUUUUCAUUCAUCACUGCUCCCCGCCCACUUCCAGCAGCGUGCCCUGGCAAGGAGUAGUUUUACCUUUCUACUCAACUCUGGGCUGCCCGUUCCAGUAACUGUUUUUGUAUCAGGCUCCCUGCUUAUAUAAUAAUAAUGGUGGUAUUUUUUCAGCACUAUCUGCUGAGCGCUGGCGUAGAUACACGAUCAUCAGCCGGAAGCGCAGUCCCUGUCCCCCAUGGGACUCGCCGUCGGUAGAAAAAUUAACCUUGAUUUCAAACAGCGCUUUUCUUUCCACCCUGUUCUCGCAACGUCCCUGUUGAGAUAGGGAAAGGCAGGGAUUAUUAUCCCAUUUUGCAGAUGGGGGUUCCUGAGGUGUGAAGAAGCCGAGUGACUUGCCCAAAGUUCCCCAGCAGGCAGAUGGCAGAGCCGGGACUAGAAUCUGGGUCCUCUGCCUCCCCGACCCAGACUAGUCCCACUGCACCAGCUGCCAAGCAGCGUAGCCUAGUGGAAAGAGCCCGGGCCUGGGAUCCAGAGGACCCGAGUUCUAAU